UCUAUGUAAGAACGAGGGGAAAUCACUGAUAUGGUCCAAGGUUAUGGAACAAUGGCAAAUUAGAUGGAGGAGAGAAACUCGGGGAAGACUUCUAUUCACUAUUAUCAACAGUGUGUUAAAAUCAGUUCCAAGCAUAGGAAGAACAAGAACAGAGCAAACAGUAGUCAAUCGAAUAAUGUUGGGUCACAUUUAUUUAAAUAGUAGUCUGCAUCUAAUCGGAAAGCACGUGACUGGGUUUUGUGAGAAAUGCAACAAUAAUUCUCAAGAAACUGUUUUGCAUGUUUUUUUAAUUGCUCUCAUUACUAUAAUGAAAGGUCAAUUUUAAAAGAGGAGUUAAGUAGAGAAGGAAUUCAUGAGUUCUCCAUAAAUACUUUUUGAUUAUAGUCGGAAUUUAUUAAUCUCAUACCUGGUUACUGUAAAUAGAAUUUAGAUUGUUCUCUGAUCCCACUCUUCAGCGAUAGGAGGCGGUAGUGCGCCUGUUGAAAUGGUGCCAUCCGCCGUUAAACAGCACAGAAGAAGAAGAAUGGCUCCGUCCCUAUCGCGGACAGCCAAUCACUGCUCACCUAACCCGUGCGUCAUCACGUCAUUACGCAAGCCAACAUGGUGAAGAAGCAACGUGGUAAGACAGAUUCGUCCCCGAAAAACAUGGACCGCGAAGAACACGCUGCACAUUUCAACGAUUCCAGUGACGAGGAGGCGCCGGACGAGGUCACCUUCGAAGACUCCAAGGCUCAGGCCUUACGGAGCAUGGCGAGGGCCAUAGAAACAGUCCGGAGAGAGAAAGAGCUGCUCAAGGAAAAGAGGAGGAAAAGGCAGGAGCUGUUCCAGGAGCAAAAGAAAAGAAAACUGCUGCCUGCUGAUGUGCUGGAAGAAAUUGACUCGUCUCCCUCAAAGAAACACAAAGCCUCUGGAAGUGAAGCUGAAGAGAAGCAGCAGGAGGCUGGAGAGGAGACAGAACAGCGAAGGAAGAAAAAAAAGAGGAAAAGUCCACAUUCCAGAAAUCUUAAAGGAAGCUACACAGUGACGACAACAAAGGCACAAACGACGUCAUUCCAGCAGCAGGCGGCUGCAGACUUCAUCCAGUCCCGACUGUACGGACCAGGAAGCUGCCGGACUACGAAUAACGAGAUGCUCUCCCUCCAGAACAAGAAGGCGCCGAACAAAACUGCCGCGGUGCAGUUUGUCAAGAAGGACUGGGCCUGUAAACAAAAAGCCAAAGCAGAGAAGGAGAAGAAGAGGUGGAUCCACAAACAGAAGCUUGCCACCUGUUGACCAGAACAACGUCAUGAACACUUUGAUCAGAGUGCUGAACGGAGCCGUCAUAAUGGAGGAGCGGACUUAAUGAGAACGCUGCUGCAGCCUGGACUCUUCAGGUCUUCACCAAGACUGAGUGAAGCAACACCCA